AAGCGGGUUUGAACGUACAUGUUGGAUAGAGUGGGAUUGCAUCGCUUGGCAGGCGCGACCAGAGAGGGACCGGCGCAGGGAUCCUGAUCAUGAAAGAUUGGGAAGGAGCAGGAGGCCUGUCUCUUGGGGGGCGGCUUCCGUAGGGUCACUAGUUACAGGUUCCGAUCUUUGCGUACUCCAGGAGCUGAUCUCCAGCCCCUGCAUCUGGACCUAUGGAUUCUCCAUCUAGUGUUUCUUCCAAUUCUUCCUGUUCUUCCUCUUUUUCCACCUCCCCAGUGAACAGUGACUUUGGCUUCCCCUCUGAUAGUGAGAGGGAGAACAAGAGGGCCGACGGGCCCAGGCCAGACACUGUUGGGCAGAGGGGAGGCUCUCGGCCCAGCUCAGGUCCUAUCCGCUGCAGGCAUCGAUCCAGGGUUUCCAGUAACCAACAUACGGCAUCUCACUGGGAACAGCGGGGCUUGGCUUCUCCUAUGUCAGGAUCAGGGGUCAAAAGGUCAAGAGAUGGUGAAUUCGAAGAUUGUACCACAGAGGGAGACCUGCUAUUUGCUCAGAAGUGUAAAGAGCUCCAAGGAUUUAUACGUCCCCUCACAGACCUACUGAAUGGGCUGAAGAUGGGUCGCUUUGAGAGAGGAUUGAGCAGUUUCCAGCAGAGUGUGGCAAUGGACAGGAUUCAGCGUAUUGUAGGUGUUUUGCAGAAGCCACAGAUGGGGGAGCGCUAUCUAGGAACCCUGCUGCAGGUAGAAGGGAUGUUAAAGACUUGGUUUCCUCAUAUAGCUGCCCAGAAGUCAUCACUUCAUGGUGGCAGGCAUCAGCUGAUGAAGCAUUUUCCAAGCCACCACAGUGAUUCAGCUGCUUCCUGUCCUGCACCUCCCAUGGAAAAGAUAGGCCAGAUACAGCUCAGACAUCUAGUUUUGAAACCAAAGCAGCCUUGGCACAUCACAGAAUGGCCAGCUAUGAACCUCACCUGGAUCCAUACCACUCCAAUUUGCAACCCCCCUCUCAGUUCCCCAGGUACCAUCUCCUUUAGCCAUGGUCCUUUAGGCACUGGAACCAGCUUUGGCGUCAUCCUUUUCCUCCAGCAUGGAGUGCAGCCCUUCACCCACUCUGCCUCAACAACUCUAGUUCCACCUACUACAGCAUCUCCUGUCAUCUCUGGUGAUCCUAAGAAACUAUCUGGAGAAUGGCCUCAUUGCCGUAGUUUGCCAGUAACUCUGCCAUCAGACUGGAGCUGUAACCCAUCCCCUCCCAGUCUACCCACCAUGGCUAGAGAGAUGACCAUAGGACACCUAGAGCAGCAGAUGAGAAGCCAUCAUCCUAGUGCUCCUGAUUCCCAUCUUCUCAGCCCCUAAUCCAGGGCAUGUGACUGCCCUCUGUAGUUUCUAAUUUGUGUAAAUACAUGUAUAUGUAUUUUUUACUUUUAAUGUGUGCAUUUGUAUUGAGGGAAGACAAAUCCUUUCUGAUUAAAGACAUUUUAACUAAA